UAACCUCAGUCACGUUGUCAGCUGAUGAGGGCAGGUGUGUGCGAGGGUUCCCUGUACCUGAUAAAACCCACUAGGCCGUCAGAUUAUUACGUUUUGGCCGUGGAUUAACGUUGGCUGGUGGCGCAGUGUGUGGACCGUGAUGAGCCCCCGUGAGACCCUCUUCGAGCCCCGCGCCUGGAGAUAACAGUCAAAAAGAUGUUGCGAGCCGUGAGGACAGUGGUGCCUCGUGUGCCAGCACUGGUCCAUGGCAGCCACAUGUCCACAGUACCGCAGGUGUGUAUUGUCGGCAGUGGCCCGGCAGGCUUCUACACGGCACAGCAAAUACUCAAGAGUCACCCAGCAGCCCAGGUUGACAUGUAUGAGAAGCUUCCCACCCCUUUCGGUUUGGUGCGUUAUGGUGUUGCUCCUGACCACCCGGAGGUCAAGAACUGCAUCAACACCUUCACCCAGACGGCAGGCCAGGAGCGGUUCGCCUUCCUUGGUAAUGUUGAAGUGGGCCGCAAUGUGUUGUUGCAUCAGCUGCGUGAGGCCUACCAUGCUGUUGUUCUGGCUUACGGGGCAUCAGAGGACCGUGCUUUAGGGGUCCCGGGAGAGUCUGUCGCUAACGUUCUCUCCGCCCGUCGGUUCGUAGGCUGGUACAACGGGCUGCCAGGUGACGCCUACCUCCCCGUCAGUCUGGAUGUUGAGUCUGCCGUUGUUGUGGGCCACGGAAAUGUUGCUGUCGAUGUAGCGAGGAUACUUCUGACGCCCAUAGAUAUACUGAGGAAAACGGACAUCCCUGAGUGUGUGCUGGCAGCCUUGGCCCAGAGUCGUGUGAGGCGUGUGGUGCUGGUGGGCCGCCGCGGACCAGAGCACGUGGCCCUCACCAUCAAGGAGCUGAGGGAGAUGGUGCGCCUGCCUGGCUGUCGACCCAACCUGCAGCCGAACGACUACCUCCACCUGCGCCAACUCAUUCCAAGUUUGCCCCGGCCACGGAAGAGAUUGCUGGAGCUCUUGGCCAAGACGGCGCUGGACGAGCCGGAUCCCAAACUGGCCUCUGCCUACGCCUCGGCUGAAAGAGAAUGGAGUCUGCGUUUUCUUCGCAGCCCAGUGGAGGUUCUGUCGUCAGAUGGCCAGAGAGUGUCGGGACUCAGACUCGUCAAGAACAGAUUAGAGGGAGAGGAGGGGCAACAGAGAGCAGUUCCCACUGAGGAGAUGGAGACGCUGGAGUGUGGCUUAGUGCUGCGGAGUAUUGGGUACCGCGGCCUCCUCCUCGAUGCCUCCCUGCCCUUCGACUACCACACCGCCACCAUCGCCAACACGGACGGCAGAGUCACAGGACACUCAGGGCUGUACGUGAGUGGGUGGAUUGCUACUGGGCCAGUGGGAGUCAUUUUGUCCACCAUGACCAGCGGCUUCAACACGGGGAAGGCCGUGGUGGCAGACCUGGAGGCUGGGGCCGCGGACAAGGACCAGGGGAAGGGUGGAGGGAAGGCCAUCAAGAGGCUCCUGUCAGAUAAAGGGGUGGAGGUUGUAUCUUUUGAUAAGUGGCUGCGUCUGGACCAGCAUGAGGUGGAGGCCGGGGCGAGGCUGGGCAAGCCACGGGAGAAGGUGACAAGCUGGCAGAGGAUGGUGGAGCUGACGCGAUGAGAGAGAUGAAGGGGAUGCAGGUGUGGGGUGUUGUGCGCUGUCUGUGAUGGAUGGAGGCUCACUCCGGGAACUGUUACACACUCCACCAUCUUCAGCAUUGACAGCACACAGUUGGCAAUGCUCCCUUGCCAGAAUCUGAAGAAAAGAUGUCCGCAGUUCCCUCAAUAUGGCUGAUCAUCACGCACACACUGACGCAAGUGUUAACAUUCAACACUCCCUGAAUGUGCAUGUACGUUCGCAAGAGAGGCAUACAUAACCGACUCCUAUAGAUCUGGACCUCCUCUUUCCAAUGGUGUUUUUGGUUUUUAGCUGUGAUGAAUAGGUUUUGAGAUACAGAGGUUAAAAGAGACCCCCAAUUGGGCUGCCCGACUGUGCCUGAGGGAAUAGGUGCGUCCACACUGCGCGCAAGGAAAGGGUUAAAACUAAAAGGUGUCAGAUAUAUCUUUGUGCUUAAAUGCUGGUUAUGUUCAUGUAUGAAUUUCUGUUGCAAUAGGAAAUAGAGGAAGGAAGUUUCAUGUAUAAAUUUUCUGUUGCAGUAGGAAACACAGGAAGGAAGUAUUAAGUAUUUCUGCAUUACUGUACUGUUGAUUUUUGUGGGCUGGCCUUAAUGAGUGGGAUGGUUUCAGUUGUUGAGCCUCCACCAUGAACUCCAGCCUCUUCUCUUGGCUAGGUUGCAUUUAGUAUUUCACUUUCUUUUGUUUGUUGUGAUCUUAUGUGAUUAACUUGUAUCAUUGAUUAGGUUUAUAGGUAUACCAUCUGCAUUACCCAUACUCAUUUCUUCAUACAAACACACAUUGUUUUCCCCAAUCAAAGAGCCAUCACUCAACCUCAAGAGGACACAUAAUACAACACCAGGCCUCUUUCACCUCUGCCUUUAGUCUGCCUCUGCCCCAUGACUCUGUAUUACAAUGUAAAUUAUGCAGAGGACUGUGUUGGACAGUUUGCCCCGAUGUCUGCCUCUGCUCUCCUGUUGGCACGCUGUCCAUGCACAUGCCCUGAUCCUCUCUUCCUCCCAGCUUUCCUUUCUUAAAGACAGCUCCUGAAGUGUGACUGAUGGCUGGAUUGUCCCCUUCUACUCUAUGCAAUGAUCUCUUCAUCCAGGCUUAUUAGAGGGAUUGUGAUGCCAGAGUAGACCACACCUGAAAGCAACAUAGUCAAUAUGAAUAUUAUGGAUUCCUGCAAUUUAUCAUGACGAAGUAUACAAACUGCAAAUAUUUAAAUUAGAUUAAGAAGUUUCUGUGACUUGGUCUGUUUUUGUAUGAAGUCUGGAGUUUGUUCAAUAAAAGUAUAUAUGUGAGGGACA